AUGGAGGAGAAGGAUGGAAGAAGGAUGGAUAGAGGAGAAGUCACCAUGAGGAAGCAAGAGGAGGAGGAAGGCAGAGAACAUCUGUCUUUAAAAGGCAAUAAUUUAGAAAAACUCUAUGGAGCAAUAACAGCCCUGCCAUGCCUCCGAUCUCUUAAUGUCCGCCGAAACAAACUCAAGAAAUCUGGCAUUCCCAGUGAUCUCUUCGAAAUGGAUGAUUUAACUACGUUAGAUUUCUCACACAACAGUCUAUCUGAAAUUCCUGAAGGUUUAGAAGAAGCAAAGUCUCUCUUGGUGCUCAAUCUCUCUGACAACUACAUUGAGGAAAUUCCUGCACAAGUGUUUGUAAAUUGCACAGAUCUGCUGUACCUCAAUGUUGGUGACAAUCGUCUGGAGACCUUCCCACCUCAGAUACGACGGCUGGUUCACUUACAAACACUCGUUCUUAAUAACAAUCCUUUAACACAUUUUCAGUUCAGACAGCUGCCAUCCUUAGUUGCUCUUCAAACACUGCAUAUGCGAGCCACACAGAGAUCCCCAUCCAAUCUUCCGGCAAGCUUGGAGAAUCUUACAAACCUGGCAGAUGUAGACCUCUCACACAACAACCUCGACAAGAUUCCAGACUGCAUUUAUACACUCAGUAACCUAAAACGACUGAACAUGUCUGAUAAUGCCAUUACUGAAAUAUCUGUGGCCAUUGAAAACUGGUCCAAACUGGAAGUUUUGAAUAUGUGUCGUAAUCAGCUGACCGCUUUGCCCUUGCAAAUAUGUAAACUAGAGACUCUUCGUCGACUUAUGGUAAAUGAAAACCAGCUUGACUUUGAAGGCAUUCCAUCGGGUAUUGGCAAAAUUGUUGGUCUGGAAAUGUUCGCAGCUGCUCACAACCGCUUGGAGAUGAUUCCUGAGGGGCUGUGCAGGUAUGUACACCACUGUACUUCAGUUGUAAUUUUAUUUAAUCAAAAUAUUGUUCGAGUUAUAUACUGCUCUUAACCCUUUGGGGGUUGACAGGUCCUCUCAGAGACUUGU